GUGAACCCAAUGGAGAGCAUGGAGAGCAUAAAUUUUGUUUUUGUUGGGGACAGUGCUGUUGGAAAAACAUGCCUUCUGAUCAGUUACCUCACCAAUGUUUUUUCAGGGGAAUACAUUCCUACUUUCUCAAGAAUAAAGUCUAUCCCUGUAAUUGUCGAUGGAAUUCCUUUGAGACUGGUCUUUACGGAUAUAGGAGGACAGGAUGAAUUAGACAUUGCUCGACCUAUACACUACCUUGACGCAGAUGUAUUUUUGAUCGUAUUCUCUCUUGUGAGUCCAGAAUCAUUUGAGAGGGUCCGUGAAAAGUGGCAUCCAGACGUCAGACGUUUUUGCCCCAACACUCCGAUAAUCCUCGUUGGGACUAAACUUGACUUGAGAGAUGACAAGGACACCAUUGAAAAGCUGAAAGAGAAGACACAAACCCCCAUCAGCUAUCGUCAAGGUCUGGAUAUGGCCAAAGAAAUAGGAGCUGUGAAGUACUUUGAGUGCUCAGCCUUAACACAGAUUGGCCUUACGACAAUGUUUGAAGAAACGAUUCAGAAGGGUCUCUGUCAAUGUGUGGCGAAGAACUGAAAGAAAUUAUUUAACCCUCUCAACUGUCUGCAAACACAGUCUGAGCUCAUCUGAAAAAAUGGGGGUGAUGGGAAAUGUUUGAGGUCAUUUUAGAAAUAAUGCAUGUGUAUUGAGUGUAUAUGAAUUGAUUUAUUGGUCUUGUAACUAAAUCAGAACAGGGCUAUUUUGAAACUCUAAAUGAUCUGUACCAUUUAAUUCUCAAAAUAAUUAAUUGUUUUGAUGCCAAUGAAGUGCUUCAUGCUUUGACCAUCUGCUGGUCAAAAUAUGUAAAUGCAAUAAGAAUAUG